AUGAAUGAUGACAUGGCGAGCACACCGCCGUUGGCACAAGCCGGAGAUGCCACCGGCCUCAUUUUGGUUCUUCCGCUGGCGGACUUCCUCCCACGGUGGACCUUCACCAUUACCUUGUUGGUCUUGUCGAUGGCGUUUUGGAUUGGCUCUGCGUGA